GCUCCCUGCUCCCUCCACGUAAACAAGUCAUGGCGACCACUCUCCGCGACAGGCAGAUUGCAUCGCUGCGGCGCGUAAUUAAUCUGAACACUGGUGUAGGAAAUACUACCGUGGGAAGUGAAACAACAUUCUCCGUGUUGAUCUAUGACAAACAUGGACAGGAUAUUAUCUCGCCCCUCCUCUCAGUCAAAGAGCUACGAGACAUGGGCAUCACACUCCACAUGCUGCUCCAUGCUGAACGAGGUGAGGUUCCUGAUGUCCCUGCCAUAUAUUUUUGUCAACCAACGGAAGAAAACUUGAUAAGAAUAGGGCAAGAUUUUAAUGAUGGCCUAUAUUCAUCCUACUAUCUCAAUUUCAUUUCUCCAAUCAGCCGACAGAAAAUGGAAGAUUUAGCCCUAGCAGCAUUACAAGCUGGAUGCCAAGGAAAUAUUAAGAAGGUAUAUGACCAAUAUGUAAAUUUCAUCAGCUUAGAAGAUGACAUGUUUACCUUAAAACAUCAAGGAUCCGAUUCACUGUCUUACUAUGCUAUAAAUCGUGGUGAUGUAAAGGAUUCGGACAUUGAUCUUCUUAUGGACUCCAUUGUCGACAGCCUUUUUUCUGUUUUUGUCAACCUUGGUCAGGUUCCUAUUAUUCGUUGCCAGAGGGGCAAUGCAGCAGAGAGUGUGGGGGAACGACUGGAUAAGAAGCUUCGAGAAAACUUGCGUGACACUCGCAAUUCCUUUUUCUCAGGACUUAGUACAGAUUCAUUUGCUGCUGGUCAGCUAAGUUUCCAAAGACCUUUGUUGGUAAUUCUUGAUCGCAAUGUCGAUUUGGCCACCCCACUGCACCACACAUGGACGUAUCAAGCUCUUACUCACGACGUACUAAACCUGAGCCUCAACCGUAUAACUGUCACAGAGCAAGAUGCGGCUCAUCCAGUGAACAGGACCAAAACUAAAGAAUAUGACCUCAGUAAUUUUGAUGGUUUUUGGAAAGCUCAUAAAGGUAGUGCAUUUCCUGAUGUAGCAGCAGCUGUUGAGAAGGAGCUCGAGGAAUACAAGAAGGCCGAGACGCUCAUAAAAGGCUUGAAAACUGACCUUCCAGAUGAAGAUGCCAUUGAUCCAUUGAGUGACAACACAGCAAAAUUAACAUCAGCAAUAACUUCCUUGCCAGAGUUAAUUAAGAAGAAGGCUGAUAUUGAUAAACACAUGAGCAUUGCCAUGGCCUUGCUGAACAGUAUAAAAUCUAGGAAGCUGGAUGUUUUCUUUGAGAUGGAAGAGAAAAUUAUGGGUCGAAGCACACUAGAGAAACCCUUAAUGGAGAUAAUAAAGGAUCCAGACUGUGGCAACCCAAUGGACAAACUUCGUAUCUUCUUGAUAAUGUAUUUGUGCUCCAGUAACAUAAGUGAGGCAGAGUUUAACGAGUACGCCGCAGCUCUUACAGAAGUCGGUGCCGACACCAAAGCUUUGCUUUACAUGAAGAGGUGGAAAUCAUUAAUGAAGAUGACUGCUGGUGCUGGAAUGUCGGAAUACACAGGUGGAGUAGCCAAGACAGUAUCCAUGUUCUCGAAGCUCAUGAACCAAGGAUCUGCUCUAGUUGUUGAAGGUGUCAACUUUGUACUAAAGGAAAAUAAACUACCUAUCACUAGAAUUGUGGACAAUUUGAUGGAAUUGAAAAACUGUGAAGAAGAGAAAGAGUAUCGGUAUUUUGAUCCUAAGUUGCUACGUCCUGGUGAUAGCACAGGAGCAACGCCAAGAACGCGGACACCAUUUCAGGAUGCAGUGGUGUUUGUGGUUGGCGGUGGUAACUAUAUGGAAUAUAGUAAUCUCGUCAGCUAUGCAAAGAAGAAAGCUGGGACUAAUAAAAGAAUCAUUUAUGGGUGCACUGAUGUUGUUAAUGCUGAACAAUUCCUCACUCAGCUCACGAGGCUUGGUGGGGAGAUGUCGUGAUCUGAUCACACUCACACACACACCACACUUCUUCUAUUUGAUUAAAAUGGUUUCUAAAUGCCCACUGAGAAUUAUUGUUGAAUAUAUUUUAUAUUUUUGUUAUGGAUAUUCAAUACUGAAACUUAUUAUAAUUUCCUUUCCUUUCCAAUAUAUAUAUAUAUAUUCCGAGAAUAGAUUUCACUUUGACAUAAAUCUAUUCAGCUUCAUAAAACAUUACCAGAUGUGUCUAUGCCAAUUGGGGAAUAGUCUGUAAAUUAUAUAUAUAUAUUUUUUUUUUAAAUUGAUAAAUUUAUUUAUGUUAAAGGGUCUCGUGUUAUUUUGUGAACUUGAGAUGAACUCGUAUAUACUGUAACUUUUGAUAGUUAAAUUCAGCAGUUGUCUGUCACAAUUUAGUCAUUAGCAUGGCUGGGAUGCGAGGCUGCGUGCACGUUUGAUCAACCCCAUUAUGCAUAGCAUGAAAGUUAGUAAUACCAGUACAAUAUAUAAAUUGGACAAAGGUUAGGGAAGGGAACUAUCAGGAGAAAGUGCCAAGCCAUUAUGACUAUAUUGCACUUGAAAGGGGUCAGGAUAAGGAAUUGGGAUGGGACAGGGGGGAAGGAAUGGUGCCCAACCACUUGAACGGUCGGGAAUUAAACGCCGACCUGCAUGAAGCAGGACCGUCACUCUACCAUCCAGCCCAAGUGGUUGGACAAACCUUUAUUGUAGAAAACAUUUGAGUCUUUGAAGAAUUUCUUCAUGUUUAUCAUGAAAAGUGUUCUAUAAUGCAGGCAUGACUAACUGGGGUUUCCUUCAGCAGAAAUACAGAUUUACUUAUAUUUUACAUGAAAAUGCAUUUACAAAAUUAUUAAAAAAUUUGUAUAAAUGUCCACAGUAUAUGAUUCAGAAUCUUCUCUAAUGCUCUACUGUAAUGUUGUUAAAGGGGUAACAUUAUCAUUUUAAACAUAAUCACUGGGAUGUAUUUUGCACUGUUGUCAAGGAUUACUUGUAUACAAAAUGUGAUUUUUUUUUGUUAUUUAAAUAUAUAUUUCUUUCAUUUAAACAUUGUCAGUAUAUAAGAUCUCUAUAUGAAGUGACUGAAUCAC